AUGCUGUUUAGGAGAGGCAUCAUGAACAAGAUAGCCCAAGUGCCCUAUGCAUCCAACGAGACAUGGGAGUUUGGCGUGACUUUACACAAAGGAACAAUAUAUAUAGAGGAACACGAGUCUAUAGAAAAACAAAAGUCUAAAUUUGGUGCGACAGAUAGGGAUGCAAUGUUUACAUAUUGGGGAUACAAGUUUGAGUCACUAUCUACAAUUCCCAUUCCACCAAAUCAGCUUGAGCAUGAUGAUCCAGUCUUGAAAAACAGAGAAACUGCAGUUGUAAACACAAAUAUUCAAUUCUGUAGCGUAUUCAAGACAAACUAUGGAUCUCACAGUGUUGUCAUGGGUGCCGAAGUGGACUGUGUUACUCGUGAAAUUGAAACGGGCACUUCCCCUCAAAGCGUAUAUGCUGAGCUAAAGACCACUCAAGUGAUUGAUACUGAUCGCAAAAGACAUAGUUUUGAAAAAUUUAAGCUUUUGCGCAUCUGGCUGCAGUCUUACUUGGCAGGUGUGCCAAAAGUGAUUAUUGGAUUCCGUACUGGGGAUGGUCACAUUUCUCAUGUUCAAGAAUUUGAUACAUCUGAGCUGCCUCGUUUGGUACGAGGAAAGCCUGGCAUGUGGGAUCCCAACCGAUGUAUUGCAUUUGGAGAUCAAUUUCUAGCAUGGGUCAAACAAGUGGUCACCAUUGAUGACUGGAAUACUGUCUAUACUGUCCGAUUUGACUCGAAUAAGCAAAUGAUUGAAAUGUUGGCACCUGUCACUGGUGGUGACCAAGUAUUUAUUCCCAAAGAUUUUAGUCUAGAGAAAUAAAUUGAAAUGAGAUUAUCGGC